GAGGAGGAGCUUGGCGCGCACGGACGGGCGCCGGGCGGGAGGCGGAGGAGGAGCCGGGCGCACUCGGACGGGCGCCGGGCGGGAGGCGGAGGAGGAGGAGCCGGGCGGCGCGGGGCGGGGCGGCGUCCGGCCCAGCCAUGGCGGACGAGGGCCCGCGGAAGGGCAGCGUCUCGGCACUCGUGGGCCGCACCAACGGCCUUACCAAGCCCGCGGCGCUGGCGGGGGGCCCCGCCAAGCCGGGGGGCGCGGGCGGCUCCAGGAAGCUGGUCAUCAAGAACUUCCGAGACAGGCCGCGGCUGCCGGACAACUACACUCAGGACACGUGGCGGAAGCUGCACGAGGCGGUCCGUGCCAUCCAGGGCAGCACGUCCAUCAAAUACAACCUGGAGGAGCUCUACCAGGCUGUUGAAAAUCUUUGCUCUCACAAAGUCUCCCCAACACUCUACAAGCAGCUACGCCAGGUCUGCGAAGACCACGUUCAAGCACAAAUCCUACCGUUCAGAGAAGAUUCACUAGACAGUGUUUUAUUUCUAAAGAAGAUUAACACGUGCUGGCAAGAUCACUGCAGACAAAUGAUCAUGAUCAGAAGUAUUUUCCUGUUUCUGGACCGCACAUAUGUCCUGCAGAACUCCAUGCUCCCUUCUCUCUGGGACAUGGGGCUGGAGCUAUUCAGGAACCAUAUCAUCAGUGACAGAAUGGUACAGAGUAAGACCAUCGAUGGGAUCCUGCUGCUAAUCGAGCGGGAGAGGAGUGGUGAGGCUGUGGACCGGAGCCUGCUGCGGAGCCUGCUGAGCAUGCUCUCGGAUCUCCAAGUAUAUAAAGAUUCGUUUGAACUGAAAUUUUUGGAAGAGACUAAUUGUUUGUAUGCUGCAGAAGGCCAAAGAUUAAUGCAAGAGAGAGAGGUUCCAGAAUACCUUAACCAUGUGAGUAAGCGUCUGGAAGAGGAAGGAGACCGUGUGAUCACUUACUUGGACCACAGCACACAGAAACCACUGAUUGCUUGUGUGGAGAAACAGCUACUAGGAGAACAUCUAACCGCAAUUCUCCAGAAAGGGUUGGACCACCUACUGGACGAGAAUAGAGUGCCAGACCUCACACAGAUGUACCAGCUGUUCAGCCGGGUGAAGGGCGGGCAGCACGCACUGCUACAGCACUGGAGCGAGUACAUCAAGACUUUUGGGACAACGAUUGUUAUCAAUCCUGAAAAAGAUAAAGACAUGGUGCAAGAUUUGCUGGACUUCAAGGACAAAGUGGACCAUGUUGUAGAGGUGUGCUUCCAGAGGAAUGAGCGCUUCAUCAACCUGAUGAAGGAAUCCUUCGAGACGUUCAUCAACAAGAGACCGAACAAGCCUGCAGAAUUGAUCGCUAAGCAUGUGGAUUCAAAGUUACGAGCAGGCAAUAAGGAAGCCACAGAUGAAGAGCUGGAGAGGAUCCUGGACAAGAUCAUGAUCCUGUUCAGGUUCAUCCAUGGUAAAGAUGUUUUUGAAGCAUUUUACAAAAAAGAUUUGGCAAAGAGGCUGCUUGUUGGAAAGAGUGCUUCAGUUGAUGCUGAGAAGUCCAUGCUGUCAAAGCUCAAGCACGAGUGCGGGGCAGCAUUCACCAGCAAGCUGGAGGGCAUGUUCAAAGAUAUGGAGCUUUCCAAGGACAUCAUGGUUCACUUCAAGCAGCAUAUGCAGAACCAGAGCUCUCCAGGUCCUAUAGACCUUACAGUUAACGUCCUUACCAUGGGCUACUGGCCCACAUAUACACCCACGGAAGUGCAUCUCCCUCCGGAGAUGGUCAGACUUCAAGAGGUAUUCAAGACAUUCUACCUGGGCAAGCACAGUGGCCGGAAGCUUCAGUGGCAGACGACACUAGGGCAUGCGGUGUUGAAAGCAGAGUUUAAAGAGGGGAAGAAGGAAUUCCAGGUGUCCCUCUUCCAGACAUUGGUGUUACUUAUGUUCAACGAAGGUGAUGGAUUCAGCUUUGAAGAAAUAAAAAUGGCCACUGGGAUAGAGGACAGUGAAUUGAGAAGAACACUGCAGUCUCUGGCUUGUGGUAAAGCCCGUGUUCUGAUUAAAAGUCCUAAAGGAAAGGAGGUAGAAGAUGGAGACAAAUUCAUUUUUAAUGGAGAAUUCAAGCACAAGUUAUUCAGAAUAAAGAUCAACCAAAUUCAGAUGAAGGAAACCGUUGAGGAACAAGUUAGCACUACAGAGAGAGUGUUUCAGGAUAGACAAUACCAGAUCGAUGCUGCAAUUGUCAGAAUAAUGAAAAUGAGAAAGACUCUUGGGCAUAACCUUCUGGUCUCUGAACUGUAUAAUCAGCUGAAAUUCCCAGUAAAGCCUGGAGAUUUGAAAAAGAGAAUUGAAUCACUUAUAGACAGAGACUAUAUGGAGCGAGAUAAAGACAGUCCAAAUCAGUACCACUAUGUGGCGUGAUGUACCAGCGUAUUGCUGUCUCCCAUGAAACAUUUUAAACACUAGAAUGUGUGAAAAAGCAAUGAAGUCCACGUGCCGUUUUCAGGACCCCCAAGACUGAGCCGGCUGUGGACAUUCGGACACCAAGGAGAGAUGAUUGUUCGUUCCUUCUUCCCAAGGCUCAAGGCUGUCCAGAUGACAUACAUAUCUCUUUCCCCUCCAUUUCCUCCUCUAGUUCUUUUAGACAUUUAAAUUGUUUCUGUUGCUCUGUGGAAAGUAACUUUUGAGGCUGGACAGGAAGAUAUUAGUUCCUCCUUCACAGGUCUUAUUCUUAGGGCAGAAAGCACAGGCAUGGUUUGAGUAGUUGUGGGAUUGCGUUGCACAGUGGAAAGACCCAACAUGCUUCAUAUUCCCCACUACAAGUCCUGGCAGCCAUACACACUGAAAACUGAAGCCCUGAGUUGGUAGACGCUGGACAGUCAGUAUCCAUGCUGCCACUUCACCACCUUCCGGGAGCCUUGACCUCUGUGUUCCAUGUCCUUCCAGAAAGUUUUAAAUUCUGUUGCCUGGUUUCUCAGAAAUCUGGUUUCAAAGUGAUAUCCUUGAUUGCCAAGAGGACAUUGUAUCUGAUGUGCGUGAUUAAGUGCCCAUUGCCACCACCAGUUCAGUUCAGCUGAUUUUCCUGUGCAGUUCUGUUUUAAGGCCUUGGGAUUAGCGUGUUGCUGUUUUCAUUCUGAGAUUGAGUCUAGCAGUCCCUGGUUUUUGCAUUGGGGUGACUGCUUUUUGAUUUUUUUUUUUUUUUUUAGGUUGCAGUAUUUGUGUGAUUACCAUAAUAAAGUGUGGUUUGGUUUUACAGUUGUGUCCAGGGAGCGUCCUUGUUCUCUGCCCACUGUAGAGAGCUUCACAGGAGACCCAAGCCUUGACGUUGUGAUGCAGAGGUCAUUUGUUGAGAGACUAAAAGGAUUUUGUUGGCACCUGGCCAAUUGUGCACAUACAAUGUUGAGCAGUGACAGGAAGGUUCAGUAGUGAUGUUAGUAUGGUAACUGACAAAAUGCUUUUGUGAUAACACUUAAAAAGUACUUUAUAUUUUACAAAAUAGCAUGUUUCAUUUUGAUUAAAAGCUACCAAAGGACUUUUGAUCAUGGUAUAAGUGUUUAAAGCAAUAUUUUCUGGAAUAUACCAAGUUUAUAUAAUUUGAUUUUAUGCUAAAUUAUUAAAGAAUUUUCCCCUUUUGAAACAUGCGUGUUUAAAAUAUCUUUUGGGUUCUGAUAUUAAAAUCCUUAUUCAUUAAGCAUCAUCUUUUCUAUAUUUGUAAAUUUUCAUUUGAGUUCUACAACUGGGCCUGUGAAAGAUUCCUAUUUCUCUUCCUUACAUUUUAAGUUCAUUGUGUCUAGAGAUUGUUAAUACUGUAUGUAAUUUAACGUACUUUGAAUAAAACUAGUUUAAUUGGCCCUAAAAUUACAUUAAUAAAACAUUUUGGUAUGCAAACUA